CUUGUCGUAAAGACUAUGGAGAAGAAGUUGAAAGUCGAAUUGGAUAUUGGUUCCUGGAUUUUAUCAAGAAGAUAUUGGCAAAGACCUGAAAACGGGUUGAAAAGCCUGCAUCUAUUUUAUGCAUGUCUUUGUCUCAAUGCUUUAUGUUCAUCAACAGAUGCCAGUGGGAGUAGGUGCCAUCUGGGGAAUAUUCAACUUGGGGUCAACCUUCAGUCUUGGGGAGAAAAUCACCUUCAGCUUCUAGAGGGAACUCAUUCUCUACAAUCAUGUUGGGCUGCCUGCUGCCAGGACCAUAACUGUCAUGUCUUCUGGUGGUUGGAAAAUCUAUGCCUGAAAGUGAACUGCAGUGAUCCCCAAGACUGCCAGGUCUCCAGGACAGACACUUCUCACUCUAUGUUGGUGUUUUUACGUAAAGCACAAACUGCAGAAGAUUUGAAUUUCCUACGUGAAGGAGAUACAGAGCACCUUCUAGGUAUAGAGUGGAGCAGGGUCCUACGGAGGACUCAGAGAUCAUCCAGUGAUGAGCAGCUCUUAGGGAGAUCAUCUUCCCCUGGUGGUCAGCCGAGUUCCAAAAAGAAACUCCAGAAAGAUCUCGGUGAUUCUGUCAAUGCAACUCCUGCAGAAGCAGUAACAGAAUUAACUAGUGAGAGGGGGCCAGGUCAAACCAAACAGAAGGAUCAGAAAGUUCUGAAGAUCCCUGAGGCUGAGUUACACACCCUGGAAGUCCAAGAAAAUGUCUCUUCAGCAGACAGUAUGGACUUGAGGUCAAGGCUGCAUUCUGAAAUGAAUAACUCCAGGGAUCUAGGCAUUCCAAAUACCAAUAAUUCUGAAGAGGUCCACAAGGAAAUCCCCAAGCUCCUGGAACCCCCUGAUCUCAUUACCUCUUCCAGUCCCUUAACCCUGGACCUGACAGCUACAGGGAAAACAGAGAAUCUCAGUUUGCUGACCAAUACAUCUGUCCAGCCUGAAAUCUCAAAGGGGUUGAUUCCUACCCCUAGUCCUUUGCCAGCAAGAAACUCUGGGAAUAAUAAUAUCACUACUCCUUUGCCAUCGAUUCUGUCUCAUCAUGAUACCAUCCCUACUCACCAGACCACACCUACUCCUUUCCCAAGCACUGUGGCAUCAACCCCAGUUAUAAAGGAGUUGAUAGUAUCAGCUGGAGAAAGUGUAGAGUUGACCCUGCCCAAGAAUGAAGUUCAACUAACUGCAUAUGUCCUAGAAAAACCACCGAAAGGCACAAUCUACUCCUACGAAUGGAAGCUGAUUACUCAUCCUACAAACUACAGCGGGGAAAUGGAAGGACAGCAUUCACAGGUCCUUAAACUCUCCAAGCUCACUCUGGGUCUAUAUGAAUUCAAAGUGGUUGUACAUGGCCAGAAUUCUCACGGGGAGGGAUAUGUGAAUGUGACGGUAAAUCCAGAACCCCAUGUGAAUCAGCCUCCUGUUGCUGUUGUGUCACCCCAGUUCCAGGAAAUCUCUCUGCCAACCACUUCCACAGUCAUUGAUGGUAGCCAAAGCACCGAUGAUGAUAAAAUUGUUCGGUACCAGUGGGAAGAACUGAAGGGACCUCUGAGAGAAGAAAAGGUAUCUGAAGACACAGCCAUAUUAAAAUUGACUAACCUGGUCCCUGGAAACUAUACGUUCAGACUGACAGUGGUGGAUUCAUUUGGAGCCAGCAAUUCAACUACCGCCAGCCUGACUGUGAACAAGGCAGUGGAUUAUCCUCCUGUGGCCAAUGCAGGACCCAACCAAGUGAUUACUCUUCCUCAGAACUCCAUCACCCUGUAUGGGAAUCAAAGCACUGAUGACCAUGGCAUUGCCAGCUAUGAGUGGUCUCUUAGCCCAAGCAGCAAAGGAAAAGUUGUGGACAUGCAGGGUGUAAGAACCCCAGCCUUGCAACUUUCUGCAAUGCAAGAAGGAGAUUAUACCUAUCAGCUCACUGUGACUGAUACAGCAGGACACCAAGCCACUACAGAGGUCAUUGUUAUUGUCCAGCCAGCUUUUCUUUCAGAAAAUAACAAGCCACCCCAGGCAGAUGCUGGCCCAGAUAAAGAACUGACCCUUCCUGUUGACAGCACAACUCUGGAUGGUAGCAAAAGCUUGGAUGACCAGAAAAUCAUCUCAUACCUCUGGGAAAAAACACAGGGCCCUGAUGGUGUACGACUGGAAAAUGCCAACAAUUCUAUAGCUACUGUGACUGGCCUCCAGGUGGGAAUCUAUACAUUCACUCUCACUGUCAAAGAUGAAAGGAACCUGCAGAGCCAAAGCUCCGUCAAUGUCAUUGUCAAAGAAGAAAUGAAUAAGCCACCCGUGGCCAAGAUAGUUGGGAAUGUAGUAAUAACUCUGCCCACUAACACAGCUGAACUGGAUGGAUCCAGGUCUUCUGAUGACAAGGGCAUAGUCAGUUACCUCUGGACUAGGGAUGAAGGAAGCCCAGCAGCAGGAGAAGUAUUAAAUCAUUCUGACCAUCACCCCAUUCUAUUCCUCUCCAACCUGGUGGAAGGGACUUACACAUUUCACCUGAGAGUGACUGAUGCAAAGGGUGAGAGUGAUACAGACCGGACUACUGUGGAUGUGAAGCCUGACCCUAGGAAGAACAACCUGGUGGAGAUGAUCCUAGACGUCAAUGUCAGCCAGCUGACAGAGAGGCAGAAGGGCAUGUUCAUUCGGCAGAUUGGUGUCCUCCUUGGGGUGCUGGAUUCUGACAUCACUGUGCAAAAGAUCCAGCCAUACACAGAGCAGAGCACGAAGAUGGUGUUUUUUGUACAGAAUGAGCCUCCACACCAGAUCUUUAAAGGCCAUGAUGUUGCAGCCAUGCUCAAGAGUGAGCUGAGGAAGCAGCAAACAGACUUCCUGAUUUUUCGAGCCCUGGAAAUCAAUACAGUCACAUGUCAGUUGAACUGUUCUGAUCAUGGUCGCUGCGAUUCUUUCACCAAGCGCUGUAUCUGUGACCCUUUUUGGAUGGAGAACUUCAUUAAAGUUCGUCUGAAAGAUGGAGAGAGCAACUGUGAAUGGAGCAUCCUCUAUGUCAUCAUUGCCUCUUUCGUCAUCGUUGUUGCACUGGGGAUCCUAUCCUGGACCAUGGUCUGCUGCUGUAAGAGGAGAAAAGGAAAACCCAAAAGGAAAAGCAAGUACAAGAUCUUGGAUGCCACGGAUCAGGAAAGUCUGGAGCUAAAACCAAACCCCAGAACAGGCAAUAAGCAGAAGGUACCCAUCCUGAACAGCAGCCUGAUGCACUCUGAGUCGGAGCUGGAUAGUGACGAAGCAAUCUUCACCUGGCCAGACCGAGAAAAAGGCCGAUUACUUCGUGGCCAGAAUGGCUCUCUACGCAACGGACAGGCUCCACUCAAGCCCAAAACCCCUAGAGAAGAGAUCUUGUAGCCAUUCUGUGCCCCUGAGAGAGGAACACAGAGCAAGGGAGCACAGGGGAGGCAGAGAAUGAUUGCUCUGGAGAUGAGGGAUGGGUGGUGAGUGCUUGAGAGGUCCAGAGGACUGUGUGUCUGUUUGUGUUCUCUUGCAGAAAUCCAUUCUCUCUUCUCCUUCCCUCCCCCAACUCUGUACAGAACUGGUUGUACUUGAAUCCAGACAUCUCUAAGGAACUCCAGAGGAAACUGUGAAUGAAGAGGUUUCUUCCUCUUCCCCAGGACUUAGCACUCAACCAAUAGGACCUCUAAGAGCUGCUCAGCUCAGGACUCUUUCUUCGAGGGUCAGGCCAGCAGGGGAGGGGUUUGGUCCCAGUGGAGUUCCAACCUGCCCCACCUCCUCAUGCCACGGCUCUGACUGCUUUCUUUUCCUGUCCCAAGACUUCCCUGAGCCUGGCCUGGCCUGCCACAAGGAAAAGCAGCAUAGCAGAAUCCUUUCCCUUUCCCCUACUCUAAUCCUGCAGAUGGAACUCCCAGGACAGUCUGGAAUAGGAAUCUUUUGAUGUAUGUUUAAAUUAUUUGUCCUUUCACUGAAAUGAAGAGAACUGAGCUUCCUCCUUGGGCACUGAUAGAGCAAGGCAGCUCUUACUUUAUGGGCUCAGGAGUCUGCUUGGGGACCCAGACUUAUUCACCGGGGACUCUACCAUUGCCCCGCCACCACCACAGCCCUCAGCUCAUUGUGUCAGACACGAAGCGCUCACUGUCCACCAGCAUGUGCUGGGGCUGCUUGUUAUGGGAGUACACAGGGCCUCUGCCCUCAUGUGUCCUCUGAGCCCCUGCUUCCAUCUCCUUCAGUCAAACUUGUUCUCCAUUCAGGCACCAGGGAAGGGAGAGGCAGGCUGCUGAAGGACAGGGCUAAGCCCAUUCGUUUCAGAGAUGACUGUGUCCCUAAUGCCUGGCCUGCUUUCAGAGCAAGCCUCUGGCGAGUGCCCACAUGGUGGUGAAUUCACCUGAACAUGAAUGAUUUUGUGCCCCACAUGCUCCUAUUUUGACUCAUAGCCAGUUUCCUCAAGCUACCGAAGUCAGGGUUCCCUCUUGUCCUGCAAGGCUGGCAUUAGAAUGAAGAUAGUCACUGGAAUUGGCAGAAAUGCAGCAGCAGCGUGUGUGUGUG